ACCACCGCCACCGAGCACAGCACAGUCGCGAAUUGACAACAAAAUUACGCGAUAAACAAACCGAAUUCUCAGCGGUUCGCAAUGAGUGCAUCGGCCAGCACGUCGACGGCGGCGUCCCAGGACGCCUGCUACAUAUCGCUCCUCGGCCUGGCGGAGUACUUCCGCACGUCGCAGCCGCCCAACAUCAAGAGAUGCAUCCAGUGUCUUCAGGCGCUCUUCACAUUUAUGCCGCCUUCGAAGGUCGAGGCGCGGACACACUUGCAGAUGGGCCAGAUCCUCAUGGCCUACACCAAAAACAUCGAUCUGGCGCGCCAGCACCUGGAGAAGGCGUGGAGCAUAUCCGAGCCGCUGCCCAACUUCGAUGUCAAGUUCGACACCGCCUCCCUGCUGGCCCAGCUGCAUCUGCAGACGGACAUGAACUCGCACCAGGCCAAGGCGAUGCUGCGGCGCGCCGUGGAACUGUCGCAGCAAAACGUGUACUGGCACUGCAAGCUGCUGCUCCAGCUGGCCCAAAUCCACGCCAACGACCGCGAGUACUCCCUGGCCUCCGAACUGCUGGCCGUGGGCGCGGAAAGUGCCGACGAGGCGAGCGCCACGUACCUGAAAGUGCUGUUCCUGCUCUCCCGCGCCAUGAUCCUCAUGAUCGAGCGCAAGACCAACGAUGUGCUCGCGCUUCUUAAUUCCGCCGGCCAGAUCAUUGACAACAACAUACCCAAUCCGCAUCAGAAGGAGUACCUCAAGGUGUUCUUCCUGGUGCUGCAGGUGUGCUACUACCUCGCACUGGGCCAGGUGAAAACGGUGAAGCCCAGCCUUAAGCAGUUGCAGAUGUCCAUACAGACGAUAAUGGCGCCGAAUUGGCCAUCGGAUGAGGCGAUUUUUGGCGCAAAUCAGCUGGAGAUGUUCGUGUGGCUGCCCAAGGAGCAGCUGUACGUCCUCGUGUACCUGGUCACCGUCUCGCAUUCCAUGAUGGCGGGUUACAUGGACAAGGCGCAGAAGUACACGGAAAAGGCGCUCACCCAGAUCGAAAAGCUGAAGCAGCAGGAGGACAAGCCGAUCCUGUCUGUGUUCAAGGUAAUCCUGCUGGAGCAUAUUGUGAUGUGUCGCAUGGUGAUGGGCAACCGGGAACUGGCCAUUCGGGAAAUAGCCGCCGCGAGAGACGUUUGCCUGGCGGCUCCGCAACGCAGCCUGCUGCGCCGCCACUCGGCCCAGCUGCACUGCCUCAUCGGUCUAUACUCCAUGUCCACGAGCUUCUUCGAGCACGCCGAGCGGCAGUUUGUCGUGUGUGUGAGUGAGACCACUGAGCGGGACCUGAAGCUUUUUGCCAACCUCAAUUUGGCGAUAAUUUACCUGCGCACCAAGCGGGAAGCGGACCUUAAACAAAUCCUGGACGCCGUCUCCACGGAAAACACGCACACGUACAGUAGUCAAGCGCUGAUGGGCGGCUUCUACUAUGUCCAGGGCCUGCACGCCUUUCACAAAAACAGCUUCCACGAGGCGAAACGCUUUCUGCGUGAAACCUUGAAGAUGGCCAACGCCGAGGACCUCAACCGACUGACGAGCUGUUCGUUGGUUCUGCUCUCGCACGUCUUCCUUAGCAUCGGGAACUCAAAGGAAAGCAUGAACAUGGUGACGCCAGCCAUGCAAUUGGCCAGCAAGAUACCCGACAUCCACGUCCAGCUGUGGGGAUCGGCAAUACUCAAGGACCUGCAUCGUAUGUCGAAGGACGUGCAACACGAAAAGGAUGCUUAUGCCAACCACGUGAAAUACUCGGAGAACCUGAUUGCGGACCAGCGGAAGUGCGUCCAAAGUGCGCACCACGAGCUUGUCAACUGGUUCCAGGGCGAUCCGCCCGUGACGAGCGGUCCGCCUGCCACCGCCGCCGUCCUGCUCCUGCCCGAGUCCUCCGUCGCACCCUCAGUGGCCGCCAUCGCCUCCACAUCGGCAGCAAUGCAGCCGGCGGGGCAGUACGGUCAGUUCUACUAGCAAUGAGAUGAUGAUGCAAUGUACCAUUUAAGCUUUUAUUUUAUCUUCGACCUAGCGACUAAGUUAAGACUAAAGAUGUUCUAAAGUUGUGAAUUUUGUCAUAAACUGUGUUCCCAAGGGGAAGAGUAGAAGGAAUUGUAA